GGGAGGAGGUGAAAGGGGACGUCCUCCCUGUGGCAGAGUCGCAGCGGCGUUAAAUCUGCACAGUGUCCACACCCUUUACUCGAACACAUCGGCAGGAUUCUUCUGUGUUGUGUCAACUUCUACAAGUUCGGACGGUCAAAAUGGCGAUGGUGGCUGAAUUUCUGGGGCAACUGACCCUAACUACUGGGUCCGAUGAGCAGAAAUACCCCACUGUUUUACCCGCUUCUGACUUUGACCCUGAAAAGGAUGCUGCGAGAAUAGAGACGGCUAUCAAAACAAAAGGUGUGGAUGAGCAGACCAUCAUCGAUGUCCUAACAAAGAGAACAUACGCUCAGAGAAGAGAAAUUGCAUUUUCUUAUGAAAGGAGAGCAAAGAAGGACAUGAUUUCUGCUCUGAAGGGGGCGCUGUCAGGCUCAUUGGAAUCAGUCAUCCUUGGCCUCAUGAAGAGCACGUCCCAGUAUGACGCUUCAGAAAUCAGAGGCUCCAUCAAGGGCCUCGGCACUGAUGAAGAAACGCUUAUCGAGAUUUUGUGUUCACGAAGUAACUCUGAGCUGCAGGAGAUCAAGCAGGUGUACAAGGAGUUGUUCAAGAAGGACUUAGAUAAAGACGUAGCAGGUGACACUUCCGGAAAUUUUGCAAAGCUGCUCCUGGCUCUGGUGCAGGCCAAAAGAGACGAGCCAUCCUCUGUAGUAGAUUACGAAAAGAUUGAUGACGACGCCAGAAAACUCUAUGACGCUGGCGUGAAGACUAAAGGGACGGACGUGGCGACCUGGAUCUCCAUCAUGACGGAGAGGAGUGUCCCUCACCUGCAAAGAGUGUUUCAGAGGUACAAGAGUUACAGCCCUUACGACAUGCAGGAGAGCAUUAUGAAGGAAGUGAAAGGAGACUUGCAGAAGUCCUUCCUUGUUCUAGUGCAAAGCUUUGAAAAUAAACAGCUUUACUUUGCCAACAAACUGCACGACGCUAUGAAGAGUAAAGGAGCCAAGGAGAAGGUGGUGACCAGGAUUGUUGUGUCGCGCUGUGAAGUGGACCUGAAGAAAAUCUGCUCAGAAUACAAAGCCCAACAUGGCCAGUCCCUUCAAAAGACCAUCACGGAACACACCAAGGGAGAUUACCAGAAAGUUCUGCUGGGCCUCUGUGGACCGGAGGAGUAAAUAACUUAAACUUGGCUAAUGAAGAGAACUGGACCUAGAAUGCUAAACAGUAAUUUUAUUUUAACUUUUUGGGUGAAUGAAGAAUGUUGCCUCUAUUAUUGAAGAAAAUAGCAAUAAAGCAGCACAAAUUACUAUUUAAAAAAAAAAAAUCUUUUUUUUAUCUGUAGUUAGGCCCUGCAUCCCACAGAGGGCGUUAUAGUAGCGUUAAAAACAUGCCGACAUUUUUAGUUGACGCCUCAACCAGUAAACACCUGCUGAUAAAAUGCACAUUUGUUUCUGUUUUUAUAAAGACACCACGGAUUAAAAUUGACAUCAAGAUGAAUAUGCAAAAUAUUUAAAACAGUAAACAUUAAUCGUUAAAUGUGCUAAAAAAUAUGGACAUUUUGCAGUUUGUGAAGAAUACAAUUGAUUCAUUAAAUUUAUAUCCAGUUCAUUUCUUAACUCAAAUAAUACAACAGGAGGUACAAAUACCUUCCUCUUUUUCCACUAUUAGAAUUUAUAAAUAUGAUUUAAUCAUUAGUGUGUUUUUCCGUGUUUGUUUGGUGCUAAUAUUUUAAUUAAAAAUGUUAAUUUUACCUCCGGCAAAGAUGAUUUGCAUAGCACUAAACAAGCGUAUAUAGAGUGUUUCUGCUGUUUAGUUUGCAGUCUCUCAGGAUGGAAGAAGCAGCAGAGUGUUGUCAAGGCAUUUCUAUUUAAGUAUAAGAAAAAAGAAGGGAAAAAAAAAACAUCCCCAAAAGGCAACAUGACUUGUGCUGAACACAGCGAGGAGGAAGUGGAAGCUAAUAAAAAUUAGUCCUAAAGAUCAAACACUGUCGUUUAGAUUUAAUUUUAAGAGAUUAAAUAAUGUUUUUGUCAAACUGUUUCUCCAGUUGAGCUCCUGACAAAAGAAUGGACUUAAAAUUUUAACAAGACAUUGGAUUUAUGGUCAUUUUGUAAUAAUACUGAUGAGAACAUUAACCCUUUGUGACGCUUUCUCUUUAUAGGCAAUAGAAGAAUAAAAUAUAGCAUAAAGUAUGCUAAAACAGUAUUUUGCAGUGAGGGGGGGAAUUUAUGCGCCAAUAUGCUUGACAGAUUAAUCACUCCAUCAUAAAGAGGAAAGUACCACCAUAUUUCCUCCUUUUUUAUAUGGAUGUACAACAUGCUGUUCUGCUCAAGGCCGGCCCGUGGGGACCGGCGGCGGACCCGCGGGGAAGUUGCUGCUCAAUUGAAAGCAUGCAAUUUACUGUCCCAAACACUGACACUUCAUCAUUCAGACGACUUUAACCCCAUGAAUGUCAAACAGCGAGCAUGCUGGGAAGACAACGGCACAUAGCUGCAUUACCAUAACAACCAGUUCUUAGUGACCCCACCUUUGAAAAAAGUGGAGAAUCACAAUCACACAUUUCUAACUAAAAUGGGAUCAUCAUAUGUGUGGCUUUAUACCAAAAAAAAAAAAUGGUUGGGCAUCAGUAGUGGGCAAAGAAUUUGACCACAGUUGUAACCGCAAAUGUUAGAAAAGAAAUUGACAUCAGGAGAUGAUCAGCAAGUGUAUCACUAUGAUGAAAUUGCCCAGCGUUUUAACGCCAAGAAAGAGUUGUCUUUUUACACUUAAUAACUUAGACGCUCCCAAUAUUUUUCGGACAAUGCGGUGUAAGCAUUAAACUUAAAGCGUGGACUCGCUUCUUACACCAGAGAAUCAAGGUUUGUUUCUAACUUGUAUUCUGAAGUAAUCAGGAGUAAAAUGGUUGGGUUUUACAAAAAACAUGAAAUCAAGAGUUUUGUUAUUGACUUUGAUGCUAAUAAUUGUUUUUCAAACCUCAAACUGCUACAUAGGAAGACAGAAGGGCUUUGAUGUCAAAAUAAUUUUCUUUGAGGAAAACUGAGUUGUGUCAGCCACCUUUUCAUAUGGUAUUCGUCAUUCAUUCCUAGAACUUUUUCAUCUCAAAAGCGUGACAUUUUCUUCUACAUACAAUUACGCACUCUUUUCAUGCAUACAGUGGAGAAAAUAAGUAUUUGAACACUGCUAUUUUGCAAGUUCUUCCACUUAGAAAUCAUGGAAGAGUCUGAAAAAUCGUUGGUGCGUGUAAACUGUGAGAGUGAGAAUCCAAAAAGAAAAAUCCAGAAAUCACAAUGCAUGGUUUUUUUAACAAUUUGUAUUGUACGACUGCAAAUAAGUAUUUGAACACCUGUUUAUCAGCUAAUUCUGACCCCAAAAGACCCGUUGGUCCGCCUAUUAAAAGUCGACCUCCACUCCAUGUGUUAUCUUGAUUCAGAUUCACUUGUUUGUGGUCGAUAGCAGCACAAAGACACCUGUCCACUCAGUAAGACUCAAACUUGUAACAUAGUCAAGACCACAAAGCUGUCCAAAGACACCAGAGACAAAAUUGUUCACCUCCACAAGGCUGGAAAGGACUACGGAACAAUUGCCAAGCAGCUUGGUGAAGUGCAAACAGAAAAUGGAUGAAGCUAAACAUGACGGUCAAUCUCAAUCGGAGUGGAGCCCCAUGUACAGUGCCCUACAUAAUUAUUGGCACCCCUGAAAAAGAUGUGUUUUUUUAGCUUCUAAUAUUUUUUUUUUAAAAUUCAAAUAAUAUGGGACCUUAAUGGAAAAAGAGAAAAAUCCAACCUUCAAUACAAGUGCAUUCAUUCAGUGGGGAAAAAUCCCACAUAAAGAAAAAAAUAUUUGACAUCAAAUAAUGUGUGUCACAAUUAUUAGCACCCCUGGUGUUAAUACUUUUUACAACCCCCUUUUGCCAACAAAACAAGGUCUGGGGACUGAGAUGGCCAUGGGAGGAGCUUGAUUUUGUGUCUGGUGAACCAUUUCUGUGUAGAUUUGGCCAUAUGUUUAGGGUCAUUGUCUUGCUGAAAGACCCAGUGACGGCCCAUCUUCAGCUUUCGGGCAGAGGGCAACAGAUUUUGAUUUAAAAUGUCCUGGUAUUUCAAAGCAUUCAUGAUGCCAUGCACCCUAACAAGGUUGCCAGGGCCUUUGGAAGCGAAACAGCCCCAUAGCAACACUGACCCACCCCCAU